AUGAAACCGCAGUCCAAAUCAAACAUCUAUCAAAUACCGUGCGAAUGCGGAGCAACAAACGUAGGAGAAACGAAAGUAGGUUUUCACCAACGAAUGAUCCAACAUGAAAAGUUAAUCGAACAAGAUGACGAUAACUCAAAGUCCGAAAUGGUCCAACAUCACCAUCAAAAAGGGUGGCAAUGCAUGUUAGAUACAGAAAAAGCGUUCAUUAUCGAAGAUGAAAUUGACAGGCGGAAAAGGAGAAUCAAAGAGUCGAUAUAUUCAACUGUUUCUCAAUCAAUUAACAGACGAAAUGAAAUUGAGAAAUUAUGGACGCCAUUGCUUUAUGAAGUAGAACCAUCGAUAAAAGGCAUCAUAUCGAGUCGAGAAAGAAAUUUCAGCGACAAACGAUCGGUUCAAAGGCAGGACGGUGAUAGUGGGACGGCAGAAGAAGAAGAAGAUUAA